AUGGACUUAUUUAAUGCUGCUUUCGGAGAAAACAUUACUUUUGUACGCCCCCCAUACUUUAUAAUUAGUGGAUUUAUCGGCUUACCAAACAUGAAGUAUUACUAUGUCUUUCUCUUUUUUGUCUUUAUCAUUUCUUUGAUCGGAAACACAGCUGUAAUGGCUGUAAUACAUCUGGAUCCUAACCUAAGAGCUCCAAAGUAUGUUGCAGUUUUCAACCUUGCAUUUGUGGACCUGUUAGGUAGCUGUGCUCUGGUACCAAAGGUGCUUGACAUAUUUUUGCUUGGUAACUAUCGUGUCCCCUACAAUGAGUGUUUGACAUUCUUCUUUUUUUGCUACACUUGCCUUUCAAUGCAGGCUCUAAAUCUGGUUGCUCUUUGCUACGAUCGCUUGAUAGCAAUUAUGUUUCCUCUGCACUAUCACGUUAAGGUUACUCAAAAGAUUAUGUUGUCUUUGAUUGCCUCCUUCUGGCUCCUUGUUAUAAUGGCUAACCUAACUGCAGCUUGUCUUCUAACAAGACUUUCCUUUUGUAAGUCCGUAGUUGUUAAAAGCUAUUUUUGUGACCAUGGUCAGAUGUAUAAACUUGCCUGCAAUGAUAACUUCCCUAAUUCAGUCAUUGGCAGAUUGUUCCCAGUGGUUCUCCUAUGGCUUCCUUUUUUAUUUAUUGUGUCCAGUUACAUUUGUAUUGGAUUUGUUUUAGCCAAAGUUGCUACAGCUCAGGAGAGAGCAAAAACAUUUAAAACCUGCACUGCUCAUCUCUCAUUAGUAGUUAUCUAUUUCCUUCCAAUAAUGAUCACAUUCACCAUGAGUUCAAGAAUACCUCUGAAUGCCAGGAUAAUAAACUUGUCUUUGACAUCUGUUUUUCCACCCAUGCUAAACCCAGUCAUUUAUGUUUUGCAGACACAAGAAAUAAAAGCAUCGCUGAGGAAAAUAUUAAAAAUCAGGGGGCAGUUCAGAAUUAAAGAAAAAAAAGGAUCUGGUUUAGCCAAAAUAUAA